AUGCCAAGAUCUCUCGUCGCCGCAGCCGCCUUGCUGGGGCUCGCCUCAGGCGCCUUGGCUGCUGACAACACCACCUUCGACUGCACGUUCAGUGGCCCAGACGGCUAUCUACAAAUCAGCCAGGCCAAGAACUCUUGCUCCAACAUUGUCCUUGACAGCCUCCAGAUUCCUGGCGGUGUGACUUUGAAUCUCGAGAAGCUCAACGACGGCACAACCGUCACCUUCGAGGGCCGGACUACUUGGGCUUACGCCGAGUGGGAAGGAAGCUUAUUCUCUGUCUCGGGCAACAAUAUCACCGUUAAGGGCGCACCCGGAUCUGUUCUCGACGGGCAGGGUGCCCUCUGGUGGGAUAGCCUGGGGGGCAACGGCGGCGUUGUGAAACCAAAAUUCUUCAAGGCGAACAACCUAAAUGACUCCGUCCUUGACAGCAUUAAUAUCCUUAAUGCGCCCAAGAACUUCUUCAGUAUCAACUACGUGAACAACCUGCUGGUCACGGAUGUCGUUUGCAACAAUACUGCCGGCGAUGAGCUCAACGCCGAUGGAGAUACUUUGGGGCACAAUACCGAUGCAUUCGACAUUAAUAAUGCCGACGGCGUAGUGAUCCAGAAUGCGAGGGUAUGGAAUCAGGAUGACUGUGUCGCGGUGAACUCGGGCCAGAAUGUCCUGUUCAAGGACGCAUUAUGCAGCGGUGGGCAUGGAGGUUCCAUCGGCUCUGUUGGCGGCCGCACAAACAACAUCGUCAAUAACAUCACUUUUGAGAAUAUCUUGUUCGAGAAAUCUCAGCAGUCCGUCAGAAUUAAAACCAUUUCCAAUGCUACAGGAGAGGUCUCGAACAUCACCUAUCGCAACAUCGUCAUCGAUAGCGAGUCUGACAAUGCGGACUAUGGAAUCAUUGUGACGCAGUCAUACAACGGCGUUAAGGGCAACCCCACUAAUGGCGUGCCGAUCAAGAAUUUUAUCCUCCAGAACGUCACAGGCUCAGUCAACAAGAAUGCACUCAAUGUCUAUAUUGAGUGUGGCGAUGGCAGCUGCUCCGACUGGACCUGGACGGAUGUUAAGAUAACGGGCGGCAAGAAUGCUACCAACUGCCAGAAUGUUCCUGAGGGCAUAUCGUGCUAA